AUGGAAGGCUACGUGGCGGCGAUCACCAUCGUGCGAACGGUGAUGGGCGGGGCCAUGCGGCAUCGCCUGCGCAGGGCCACCUGCAUGAUGGGCUGCGUCAGUGCCGUCGUGCGCGACGGAAAGUUUUGGACAAUUUGGACCUACUUUGCGCAAGCCGAAAUAUCCAAAGCGCUUGCCAACUGCAGCGCACCCGCCUGGAUGUCGAGCAAGCUGUCCACCGGUCGCGGCACAACUGACGAGCGAAAACAAAGGCGUGAGUCUGCCAGCGCACGUCAACUCGGGAAGCUCGGGGGCUCGGCAGCCAGCGGCCGUUCAAACAACGACGGCAGAGCGUGCAACCCAACCAGCGGUGGCAGAGGGGCGCGAAUGCUGCGUCGGUUGUGA